UUUUCAUAAUGUCCUAGCCACUCAGUUCCAAUGUCGAGCUGUAUAAAAGCUCAAUUACUCAGUCCAAGUAUCAUCACUCUACUGCUUCUUGUCUCUACCUUUCUCGGUUCUAUCUCCUAAUUCAAAGCCUCGACUCUGAAUCUCUAUUACUGCUAUAUCAUCGCUUGUACGUCGUCAUGCAAAGAAAGAAACAAGCAAUGAAUGGCUCCGUCUCCGUUUUAGAAAAGAUACCCGGCUCUCAGAUCUUCCCGGGAUACAUCGAGGUCUUCGAACGACACCUUUCUCCUAACAAGGUCCCUUUGAAUAUUAGGAACUCGUUAACCAAACCUUCCACGAUCAUGGCUAUGGCGUGUUUCCGUGCCAUCUGCAGGGGUCUCGAAUUUCGUCUAGAACCGGCCCGCAAAUAUCAAUACAAUCUCGGCGACAUACUCAAAUUAUGGUCUGGGAUACGGGCCUGGUGUCUUCACUUCAUUUCUAUAUGCACCUCUAAGAGUCUUUUGGUCUCCAACUCGAUGGCUGACUUUGAUGUAACGGCUAUGAUGACUGCAACAGCCAUUUGUCUCCGAUGUCUCCCGGAAAUCCAGACGUCGUACCACACGAUCAUCUGUACAGAUAAAUCUCUGCAUCCGCCUGUUGUCGAAUUAUGGCGCGAAUCAUGCCGCUCCUCCUGCCAUGUCGCUGUCCGCAAUCUAAGUGACUUGUUGGUUACUGUUUUCGUUUCCCAGGAUAUGCAAUCGGUCGUUAUGUCCCAGUUGGAAGUGAACCCAGAGGAGACGGCGAGACUCUGCUUCAAUGCAGUUUUGGAAGACGACGCCGGAGGUGCUGGGUAUUCCGAUCGGAAAAAACCCGACAGUGUUUGUCUGAUCCUCAUGCUCAGAGUAUGUCAAUCGCCGACUCUAGCGAACGCGAUGAUACAUGAGCAGAGCGUAAGGUUUACGUGCACUGUUAUGGGACGACUCGCUGCCAAAAUCAUGAAAACCUGUGACCUACCUCCGACCCAUAAUAUUUGGAGCUAUUUUAUGGUCACAGUAUCUUUCGUAAACACCUGUCUCUCACACUCGAAUUUCCCUAUAGUCUUGGCGUUGGUCGAUACCCACGUCUUGGAGAUACUUCUGCGUAUCUGGCCUUUUAUCCCGAUUAAAUAUCUUUAUCGUGUGGAGCCUGUCAUCCUCGCCUUCAUCGACACCAUGAGACACUAUACCGUUUACAGAUCAAUCACCCGCUGCGUCGUUCGCUCUCUCGCUUCUUUGGACAAGAAAGGUGUCAUUGUCGACCCUGAACAGUAUACAGUGGAUAUAGCUCAGUAUUGCAAGCAUCUAGUAUUGCUUGCUCAAUAUCGUUCCUCCCUUAAGGAGGAAUGUGAUAAACUACCUGAUGUCUGCUUUACGUGCCGACGCACGUAUAUAGGGAGCAUGCCAUGCUGUUCCCAGUGUCAAAGCACGCAGUACUGCUCCAGGUCAUGUCAACGGACACAUUGGAAACAAGGGCACAAGGAACAAUGUAAGAAAUCCUGCGUCGGCAUCCGGGACAGAAAAUUCCUCGCAUACCUUGGCCAGAUCACAGUCAUGAAACACGAAAGCCACCUUUCACCUCUGAUUUCCAUGUACAUGAACGACUUCUCCAUUAGAGAUCGGGCUUCGCUGGUAAUCGAAGUUGUCUUGAGCGGGAAAACAGGAGCGCCUCGGCCUGACAUUUCGAUCAAGAGCGUCGCUGACAAUGAGAAGGAAGUGGGGGAGAAAAAACCGUGGUUUUCACACGAUUGUGAACGAGGGGGUGGCAUUUGUGGGGUGGUACGCGUUUUGGCGCCUGGUGGCAUCGAUCAGUCUCAUGAAUGUCCGGUUAGAUGGAGUACUAUAGGGCGAGGGUAAUUGAUAAUAUGUGUGUACAUUAUAACACAAGGAAUAUGUACC